CCCGGGCGCGAUGGCUCCUUUGAGGAGUGGGGCGGUAGGUGGCCGAGGGCUGGGCGCGCCCCUCGCGCCGGGAGCGUUAUGAGCCGGGCAAAGGGCCGCUGCAGCAGCCCCAGCCUCAGCCUCGGCCGGCGCCUUCCGCCGGCCCUUGCCCACUCGCCCCCGCGCACCAUGCCGACCCCCGGCCUGUGGAGCCCGCCGUGCAGCCCCUUCCUUCUCUCUGGCCCCCGCUAAACCUCGCGGGAGUGGCCUUGGCCGCCGGGGCAGCUGCCCAGGCCGCGCCCCGGGGGGAGGCGGAACCGCGGGGCGUCCGGAGCCCCGGCUCAGCCGUUCGCUCUCCAGCCGCGUGCCCCUCUCUGCCGCCCAGCGCGUCCGCGGCGAUGGGGGCGCUGCUGGCGCUCUGUCUCCUCUUGGGCUGGCUGCGCGGGGGUCCGGCGGACGCCCAGCAGUCCGGAGAGUACUGCCACGGCUGGGUGGACGUGCAGGGCAACUACCACGAGGGCUUCCAGUGCCCGGAGGAUUUCGACACGCUGGACGCCACCAUCUGCUGCGGAUCGUGCGCGCUGCGCUACUGCUGCGCCGCGGCCGACGCCAGGCUGGAGCAGGGCGGCUGCACCAAUGACCGCGGCGAGCUGGAGCACCCCGGCAUCACGGCGCAGCCUGUGUACGUUCCCUUCCUGAUCGUUGGCUCCAUCUUCAUCGCCUUCAUCGUUCUGGGCUCUUUAGUGGCUGUUUAUUGCUGCACCUGCUUGAGACCCAAGGAGCCCUCGCAGCAGCCAAUCCGCUUCUCGCUCCGCACCUAUCAGACGGAGACCCUUCCCAUGAUCCUGACCUCCACGAACCUCAGGGCACCUUCCAGGCAGUCCAGCACAGCCACCAGCUCCAGCUCCACAGGGGGCUCCAUCCGAAGGUUCUCCUUUGCCAGGGCAGAGCCAGGCUGCCUGGUGCCCUCACCACCCCCGCCUUAUACCACAGGCCACCCAAUCCACCUGACCCAACCGUCCGGUUUCCUGGUGUCACCCCAGUACUUUGCUUACCCACUCCAGCAGGAACCACCACUGCCUGGGAAGAGCUGUCCAGACUUCAGUUCCAGUUGACAGGCCAUGCAUGGCUACAGAUUCACCGCGUAGUGCAACGGCAGACCCACGGACGCUGCUGUCACGGCCACCAGGAUUUCUGAGGAAAUUUCCCUUGAACCCAGCAAUGUCAUGGAGAAAAGCGCAAGGAAAAUACAGCACCUUCUAAUCUUGAGGUUCCUGGCUCCAGUCGCAGAAUGGCUGUUAGAGAAUCGCUUUCUGUCUUUGAAAACAUGGUGACUAUUACAUUUCAAUUUAUGUUACUUUUAUUCAAAAUAGGCAGCAGUCCGACUUUAAAGUUACAAAUUGGCUGAAGAUGUUUUAUUGGACAACUCAGCUAUCCUGCUUAGAAAAGGCCUACGUUGUUCUUUUUUCAUUAUAAGUUGUGUAGUGAGUGAUAAUACAAAUAUAUACAUAAAUAAA